AUGGACAAGAAAGGAGCUCGUUUGUCAAACGAGCUGUCUAGAUUGGGACUCUUGUAUGCAGAAAUGAACAAGAUUGAUUUUGCCACAUUGUCACAAAUUCAGGGGUUAGAAGCAAGAACAAUCACUCAAAUCAAGACAAAGCUUCGUGCCCUGAGGUGCAAUCCUUCACAAUGGGCAAAAUUUUUGACCCUUGGGCAAUUUUUAAAGGGUGGUAGAAGCAGUUUUGACUACCGAGUACAAUUCCGUGAACUGUGCGCCAUUUUAACGGGACGCGAAAAAAAACAAAUACCAGUUGUGACACUGUCCGAUGAUGACGAUGACAAAGACGAGGAUGGUGCCGAAUCAUUAGUCAGACCAAUACUAGUUAAAGCUCCAGAGACAAAUCAUGUGACGGAAGAGUACAGCAAAUCAACAUCAGAGGACCCAGAAAUUCCUUUUGCUGACCGAGAGCAAGGCUUAGAUGAUUGCGAAGACCCCCUGGAUAAAGCGCUUGAAUACGUAUCCAAGUUUCAAGGGUGGUCUAGGGUGGAUAAUAUUGGAGAAUUUUUUAAAACAUGUGCUAGAAAGUACAAUUGUGAUGCCCAGCAGCUUGGAUUAAUUUGUACUACAUACGAAGGCGACCGCCACCGACAGGUGUCCACACAGGAUCGGUUGUUUACACGGCCUCUACCCUCAGCGUCGUCAUCAUCAUCAGACGGAUGCGAGAAGCAGCCGGAUGCCCUGAAAUUCGCCAAAAUUAUUGUUCAUUUACGACAACUAAAUAACAAUACAAGAUAA